CGAGUGAGUCCUCUUGUCGCCGGGCGAUCUUCGGCGCACCGGGCUCUCCUCCUCCCAGCAGCGAACCAGGAUUUACCGUGAACCUGCCGGUGUCACUGCGCGUUAACUCCACAAAACGGCCGUGCGGGAGUUUCUGCGGGAUGCGAACAUGUUCUGAUUCACGCAGCGAGCGAUGAGUGAACGCAGCGCCGAGGGGACCGGAGCGGCGGAGCGUCUGUUGACUUCGGGCUGCCGAGCUCCGCUGGUUGUCGGACAGGUCGGAGGAGGAUGGAGCCGAGGCUGAGCGGGGAUGGCGAGCCGUCCGUGUCCCGGUUCCUCGGCCCUGCCCUCGUCUUCUCCGUCCUGGUCGUGUUAGCGAGCUGCCACGGGACGUGCAGACACCGAGCCCCCUCUCCCGGCGAGGUUGUCCAUCAUGUGUACUUGAAGCCUGAGCGCUUGAUUAAGAGAAGCUCCCCCGACGACCUUCAGCUGAAGAUAAAGAUCAUCUACGACUACAGCGUUGACCAGCUUCCUGCAGACCAGAGGAGGCUGGUAAAGGAUAAACUGUUUCCUCAGGCCAUCGAUUACCUGCAGAGGGCCUUCAGCGUGAGGCGCAGGGUCGGGCCCGUGCUGCUCAGCAGACAAUGUGCGACCAACCAGUACCUGAGGAAGAGAGAUGACCCUCAUCGCUACUGCCAGGACGCCUGUGCCGACGUGACCCGGUGCGGCCCCGUCAUCGUACCGCAGCACCACCUGCAGCAAUGCAAGGUGUGCAGUGAAUCAGGGAAGUCUUGCGGCCCCUUGGGGCCCCCAGAUGGCCCCGGAGUGGAAGGGUCCGACUUUGUGCUGUACGUCAGCGGCAUCACCACGGAGCGCUGCGGACAAGAGAACAUCGUGGCCUACGCUGCUUACUGUCAGCUGGAGGCGGAGCUGGACAGACCUGUAGCGGGUUAUGCCAACCUGUGUCCUGCGAUGAUCUCCUCUCAGCCUCAGGAGUUUGAGGGGAUGCUCUCCACUGUCAAACACGAGAUCAUCCAUGCUCUGGGCUUUUCAGCAGGACUGUUUGCCUUCUACCACGACGACGAGGGCAAACCUCUGACUCCUCGCUUCGCCAGCGGCCUGCCCGCCUUCAACGAGAGCCUGGGUCUGUACCAGUGGAACGAGACGGUGAUCCGGAGGGUCACCCGGCUGUGGGACAUCAGAGGAGGAGAGAUGGUCCGACACCAAGUCCACGUCCUGGUCACGCCCCGCGUCGUGGAGGAGGCGAGGAGACAUUUUAACUGUCCCAUCUUGGAGGGAAUGGAGCUGGAGAACCAGGGAGGGACGGGAACUGAACUGAACCACUGGGAGAAGAGGCUGCUGGAGGUGACCACACCGUCUCUGCGACACUUUCCUGGAUCACAAUCUGCGUUUCUCCUUUUUUUAAAAAAACAUGUUCUCUUCCUCCCUCAGAACGAAGCGAUGACCGGCUCCCACACCCAGAACCGGGUGUUUUCUCGGCUGACUCUGGCCAUCAUGGAGGACAGCGGCUGGUACCGAGCCAACUACAGCCUGGCUGAGAGGCUGGACUGGGGCCGCGGCCUCGGCUGCGACUUCGUCAUGAAGAGCUGCAAGUUCUGGAUGGACCGCCAGAGGCUGAGACGUCACGCUGUGACUCCGUACUGCGACACGGUGCGAGCUUCUCCUCUGCAGCUCACCUGCAGACAGGACCAGCUGGCUGUGGCCGUCUGCAACCUGCAGAGAUACCCGCAGGAGCUGCCCCGGGAGUACCAGUACUUUGACAGGAUCCCUGACGUGGCAGCUGAAGAGUUGCCGCUGUUCGGCGGUGCCGUGGAGAUCGCCGACUUCUGUCCCUUCAGCCAGGAGUUCAGCUGGCACCUCAGCGGGGAAUAUCAGAGGAACUCGUACUGCAGAGUGUCGGAGAACCAGCCAGACUGGUGGAGGAACUACGGGGCGGAGCAGUACGGUCCGGACUCCGUGUGUCUGGCCCAGAAGUCGGCCUUCGUGAUGGAGCAGUGCACCAGGAAGAUGACGUACCCUGACUGGGGCUCCGGAUGCUACCAGGUGUCGUGCUCGGCUCAGGGCCUGACGGUGUACGUUCAGGAUCGCUCCUUCCUCUGCGUCCGUAAGGGCCAGCCGCUGAGCGUCAGCGUGCGACUCAACGACUGGGUUUACAACGGCGUCCUGAUCUGCCCCGCCUGCACCGACUUCUGCGCCGACUGUCCCCUCCCCCACCAGCUCCCGCCCAUCAACGCCUCCAGGAGCGACCCCAUUGACCCCUGCUCCGGCUCCCCGGGUCCGGCCCGCGCUCUGUGGCUCCUGCUGCUCAACCUGCUCCCCCUGGUGGCCGGCCUGCUGCUCUGCCACUGCAGCUGAUGAAGCGCACGCUUGACUGAACUCUCCUCUGUGGAUGUGGGCUGCAGAACUUCUGUUUCACUCCGUCUGUCCUCCAGCUCCAAAACACUCUUUUUACCUUUCCCAUCUUCGUCUCCACUUGAUUCCUCCUUCAUCUCCCCUUCCUCAGGACGUCCGCUCCUCCCGACUCUCAGCACCGUCGGGGAUCUUUGAGUCCAGUGCAGCUGUAUGGAAGCUCACCGAGCGGAUGAAUCCGCUGUCGUUUCCCAUCGACACAAACACGCAGGACACGCAGAACCGGGUCGCCUGCUGCUCAGUAACAGGAAGUGGGCUGCAGGCCUGUUCACGACAGACCAGGUGUUGCAGAUCUUUUUAAACCGAAACAUCAGCGCGACGGUGACAUCCGGUGGCAGCAGGCGGCAACGCUUUUAAUCUUUUUAAUAAAAACCUGUCGUGUUCGUAUAAAAAUGACACUUUUCUAAGAUUCUAAGAUUUCCUGUUCUGUACCGGGAGGCGGGUGGUGGAACCGGUUUCCUCACCUCCUCCCAACAGGUCCCUUGAGUUUAAAUCCAUUGUGUCCCGUCAUGAAGCGACGUGAACCUGCUGCAGCGGUGCGACAGUUGAAGAUCUGGGGGCCAGUGCGGCUCCGUGGUCACAGUCCGAGGUCUCAGCUGAGGUUUUACAUCAACGCCGGCUGCAGGUCCAUCCUAAGAGGCUCCUAAAUCUAAUGUGUGGACAAACAAAAGUCCAAUUUAUACUUCUGCGUCAAACCGCCCCAAAAAUUUAACUACACAUUGCAGCAACGCAAACCGCAAGGACUGUGAUUGGUUGCACCAGGAAGUGUGCUUUAAAGCCAAUUACUACUUGCGGCCAAACCAGACGUCUGCCUAAAGACUUUUAUUGUGAAAGGAACGUCGAUCCACAACAUCAGUCUCAUAGCAUUUGGAAAGUGUAGAAGAGCCGCACGAUUAUUAUUUUACCAUCAUUCAAGUUAGCGCAGGGCUAAACAGGAAGUUAGUCAACACGGCAUUUUGGUGCUACAACUGCAGAGAGACGCCAACUCGCAGGUUUUAAAUGCUCACAUGUUUAGGUGAUGGAGGGCUGCGGUGAACCGGACUGCGUGGACAGAGCAUGAGCCGCGCCGUCCAGUAGAAGGCAAGUACAAGCACGCCAAGCCGGACUGGGUCACGUCACCGACUGUCAACACAAAGCGAAGGCGUGGUUGCAGCAGGACCCUUCCCUCACGAGCGGUUCAGACGUCUUUAACAAGUCACGUGCAGAAGAGUCGCUGAAUCCCAGCCAGGGUCCGUCUGCAGGUGACUCCCAUCAUGCACCUCUUUGCUUUAGAAAGAGGCAUUGAGCAUCGGGUUAAAUCCGCCGCUGCGAAGUCUUUAACUGUGAAACUCUUCUCGACCACCAACUAGGCAGAACCGGCAGGAAGCGGCGGUCCGCGUCUGGUUGUUUAGCGUCGCCGUACGAGCAAACCAAUCAGAGAGUCUCACUGAGGUCUGCUGGAGGCUGUAACGAGCCGGCAGCAGAGAUUAAGAUUAUUUUAGAGUUUGAACCCAGAGGAGAGGACGCCGAGAGGAAGAAGAAGCCAUGCGCACACGUGGGGGAAACCCUGUUAGCUGUCAGUCAUUAAAGGCUGUCUGCUUUCGGACAAUGAAAACCUGAACAAGCCAUAGUUCGAUGAUGAUGAUGAAGAGGUGACGCUGAAAAUGUUUGUUGCAAAGAUUCAAUUCAGCAUCUGCUCGGCGGCAGCUGAUGUCGGUCCUGCUGUUCAGGACGCCACGGCGUUUUGACCCUGACGACAGCUUUUAAUUAAGGUUAUUGUAGUUGUACAUUUUUCAGUAUAUUUUUAUUUUCAUUUCAUUUUGACUUUUUGUUCUUUAAUUUCAGUUUUAGAUAGUUUUUAAAGCUAAUUGGCUAUUUUAGUUAGUUUAAUGCUUCUUUUUAGUUUAGUUUCGGUGUUAGUUUUAGUCUUUGGGACGCUUUCUCCCGACGUUUGCCGCCACGAUGCCAGGCGAGGGGCGUGGGCUAAAAACUGGCACAGUAAAGUACCCGGGACUUUUUCAAGGAACUAAAAGGUUCGUUCAGCCCGUUAAAUAACCUGCCGUAUGUUCUGAGAAGUGUGUAGCCUCCACUCGGCCAAUCAGACAUGUUCAACACUGGAAGCCCCGCCUUCCAAUUAGGCCUGGGCGAUAUGACCAAAAAUGAUUGUUAUAUAUUAUCACCAUUAAUGUCAAAUCAAAAUAGAAGAAACCAGAUGAUUCAUUAUUUAAAAACUUCUUAAAUCUGAGGUGGAACUAUUAUAAAAUCUUUCUCAUCAGUAAAUCUUUUUUCAGUUGUCCGUGAUUCAAAUGAAUUAAACCAAAUAUUUAUUGACGAUAUAUUGAACAUUUAUUAAAUUGUUAUUGAGGAAAAUUAUAUUAUCAUUAUAGAUUUAUUGCCCAGCCCGCCUUUCAGAGUUCAACCCCCCCGAGCUGAGACUGUUUUAGGGGUUAAAUAAAGACCCUGAUUUAGACCCUGGGUCCCGCUGUGGAAACACCAGGCGUCUGUCGGCCCUGUGAAAUAAACUGACAAAGAUGAAAACUGAACUCUCUAAUUUUAGUUUAUUUCAGUGAGUUCUGCAAAGUUUCAGUUAUCUUUUUUUUUACGUAAAGCCUCGUUUUUAUUUCAGGUAAACAAAGUGUUGAACAGUCAAAUCCACAGCUCGGCUUUUUACACGUUUCUUUUAUUUCCUUCAGCCACUGAACUCACCUGUGUACACUGGCCUGUAUUUGGUGACCGGCCUUUAAUUCCUUUUGCACCAAACUGUCGCUCAGCAGAGAUGUGAAACAGGCUGCUAUCAAACGGUUUAUUUUACCGGUAAAUCUGAAAUGUUUCUGUAAAAUGAGCUGUGGAGAAUCACAUGUUCACAACUGGACCUCUGCUUUUAAUUGAAAUUUUCCUGUAGCCGUGGUUUUUAGUUUUUCCUCUCUGCAGUCUGCACAGGGUCCCGGUUCGAGUCCGGCUCGGACCAGUGCCGAAGGUGAACCCUGUAUGUGCUGCACAGUGGCGACCCAACGCUGCCAGUUAGGAUGAGUUAAAAGCAGAGAACGAAUUCCCCGUCUGGGAUCAAUAAAGUAUAUUUAAAAUAAUAAUAAUAUUCAGGCUGCGUUCACAGCCAGCAGCUCUCAGAGGUUCAUCUUCGCUCUUUCAUGUCUUUUCAGCCAGCUGAGAAGAGAAACCGCACAAGACGUCCUUUCACCAUUUCACUGUUCUUCACCUCCGCUGACGGUUAUUUUAGAUGAAAAGUUUGAUGUUUAAAACAACAAAUCUCACGUCUGUGUGACAAAAUCAUCUGAGGCGUUUAUAUGAUGAGAUGAAGCACUGAUGCAAAAGAACUUAUUCUAUUUAUCAUCAUCAUGUUAUGUGAAGGAAACAUUGAGUUGUCGGCGGUCGUUCCGUCUUUGAGAUGAACGAACGUGUCGAACUGAAGGAACUGCUUUGUUUGUUGUUUACAGUUGAACGUAUUAUUGUUGUUGUUUAGCUUCAGACUGUACCUGGAUGAUCUGACCUCGGCAGGCUGUCGACUUACUGUGACGACUGAAGCUGCACUGAGUUCUUUGCAUUAAACUGAUCUUUGUUGGAUUCCUUUCUUUUUUUAGAAAAAGGGCUGCUUUUUAAAACAAAUCAGGACGACAAACGUUUGUCUAUCAAAAUAAAUGCUGUCUGUA